AUGGACUACAACUCAACGUUUGUUGCCUCCUCAUUGGUCCGUGGGUGAUUAUCGGGAUUGGCUGUAAGCAGCUUUUGCGGAAAAGGUAAACACAACGGGAACCUUCUACGGAGAAGUUGGACGCCGACAGCAAACAUGAGCUAAAAGCGUAAGUUGGAGCUGUCAAACCUCCGGGACUCCUCACCUUGAAGCCUGCCAGAGAGCCCACAGCAGUCAUGGUGGAAGUGUUUUCCGGGCGGACGCUCCUGAAUAAAGACGGGGACUUUGUGGACCCGGAGGAGGCGCUGAGGAACAAAGUGGUGGGGAUCUACUUCUCUGCGGGAUGGUGUCCGCCGUGUCGCGACUUCACUCCCAUCCUGUGCGACUUCUACACGGAGCUGGUGGAAGAGGGCGAACCUCCGGCUCAGUUUGAGAUAGUUUUUGUCUCCUCCGACAAGUCCACCGAGGACAUGGUUGAAUAUUAUCACGACAUGCACGGAGACUGGCUCGCUCUGCCUUGGACGGAUGACUACAAACACGAACUGAAGCAGCGCUACAAGAUCACAGCCGUCCCCAAACUGGUGAUCGUGAAGGAGAACGGCGACGUGAUCACGGACAAGGGCAGGAAACAGAUCAGAGACCGGGGCCUGGCCUGCUUCAGGUCCUGGCUGGACGCCGCCGAGAUCUUUCAGAACUUCAAGGGUUAGAAAGUGAGAUGAACAAACUCGUUAUAUAUUUAUGUUGCACAAAUUAACGUUCACCUAUUCGAAGUUUCUCUCUGUUUCCUUUAACUCUCUAGCACUCUGAAAUCGUUGGAGUGAAAUGAUAUGAUAAAUAAAAACGUUUGCUUCAACUUCUCACAAGUCUGAUGAUGGGGCUGAAAGUAGAUGUCAAAGGCAAAAAAAGUUCAGAAAUGCUGCUUUAGCUGCAAACUUUUACCAAACGUGCUAUGCAUUUAAGAUAAACCUCAGGCAAGUCCAUUUGAGAAAUUGUGCAUAUAGUAGGAUUAAUACAAGCUUAUUGUAAUUCAGUUUAUUUGAAUGUAUAUUAAUGUAUGCUCUUUAAUUUAUUAAUGUAUAUGCUUGAGAGCUUUUCUUCCCAGAGAGCUUGCUUUUGUAAAUUUAAAGAAUGGACUUGUAGUUCUAUGUCGAGCUACCUGUAUAUUUUUCUAUUUUAUUUUUUAUGAGUUGGUGAAACAGGUUGUUAAUAAAAAAUGUUCCAUUA